AUGCCGUCCCCAUUUGUAAUAGUAGUAUCAGUUGCCAUUUCUCUAAAAUUGAUAUUUUUGACUUUCUCGAUAUAUUUUACUCUGAAGAACUCCAAAGGUGAAGGAAUUCCGCCCACUGCGAAGAACGACAGCCGCAGUAAAUCUUUGUUUUUGGCCUGGAAGCAAGUACCGCGCAUUCUUAUGCCGAAGUUUCUGUAUUGUCCCAAGAGCAGUAAGGAUACUCAAAACAAAUCAUGA